AAUCGCUAAGUACAUGCACGGUGAAUCAAUUAGAUAUGUUACAUUUGUAAUGCCCAUUCUUGUGUUUUGAGAAUCAUUCGGGCAUUACAGAAUUAAAAUGCCCUAUCGUAGACGCUGUUCGAAUUCAACACUCCUUAUCAUUGCAGUAACAGUUGGGAUCGCUUAUUUCAUGGUAAAUCAUGUUUUAGAGGAUGGCGUAAAGAGUGAUAAGGGUUCAACGACAAGCAAGUUAUUACGAUGGAUUAAAACAAACAUACCAUUGAAAAAGGCAAUCAAAUGUCGAGGUAAAGAACAAAUGAUAAUCAAAAAUAUUUAUAGCCGCGACCCUGAAGGAUGGUAUGAAAAUCGGGAUAUUUGCGACACAUGUUUUGAUUUUCCGAAUGCUACUUUGAGAACGAGCUAUGGACCUAUGCCUAUCUUUAUCUAUCAAGGAGAUCAGGAUGAUUUGAUCUCAGGUUCAGUUUUAGACAAAGGAACGUUUGAAUCGGAAAAGGAGAUGAUCCUGUCUGAAAUGAUGAAAGAUGACCCCGAUCUUCAAAUAAUAGACAUUGGAGCCAAUAUUGGUGUUUAUACGCUGAGUUGUGCAAAGGCUGGACGAAAAGUACUGGCAGUUGAGGCCUUGGCAAGAAAUUUGCAGCAUCUUUGUGCUUCUGUCAUGGAAGGGGGCCUACAAGACAAUGUUUAUCUUAUCCAUAACGCUAUAUCAAACAAUAAUUCGUUCGUCAGCUUAGGAAUGCACAAAGGUAAUAUGGGAGGUACAUAUGUAGACGUAAACGCUAACCAUAUCAAACAAUUAAAAGAAGGUGAAGCCCAGGGUACUUAUGGACAGGUAUACUCUAUUACAUUGGAUGAUCUCUUGGAACUUCCAGUUAUAAAACAUUUCCGAAAAGUAUUUAUCAAAAUGGACAUUGAAGGUUUCGAAGACCGCGCUGUUGAAAGAGCGACACAAUUUUUCGAAAAGGUCAAUGUUGUGGGGAUUUUAAUGGAGUGGGUGUUUCAUAGAAACCAUCCGACUGCAAAGAAAAUUAUAGAUUUUAUGACAGAGCGAAAAUAUAAACCUCAUGCGUGCAAAAUCGGAAAAGUUCCUUUAGAUGUAGCUGAAAAUGAAAACUGGGGAUUGGAUGUUCUAUGGCUUCCAAACGGAAGCUGAAGAUCGUUAAAGGGCAUGGCCAUGAUUUGGGUCCAAUUUUUUUUUUUUUUUAUUUUAAUGUUUAAAAUGCUUCAGUAAGGCAUUUUUAAUAGGCAACUAACAUUUGAGUGUCAUUUGUUGAGUUAUAAGCGAGUAACAGAUCUUUCAAUUCCUCGAUAUGUAAACAAAGCUUUUGUUUACAUUUUGAAGGUUUAAGUGAAAUUUCCAGUUUUAAACCUAAAAUGAAUGUGUUAAUCGUUA